GGAAGUGUCAAUCAUCUGCUCCUUCAAUCAGAUGAGAUCAGUGUCCUGCUCCUCUGAGGGGGAUCAGCUCCUCUAUAGCUGGACUCUCAAUGGAAAUCCACUGAUGGAUGUAAACCGCAACAUUCAGCUUGAUGAAGGAACUGAAGGAGAAAUCACCUGCACUGUGAAGAACCAUGUCAGUAAAAGACAGAAGACUGUUAGCAUAAUAGGCUGUCAUGGAUCAAUUAUUGAUUCUGUGACCUCUAGUUUGACCUCUCCAAAGACCAGCAGCCCACCAGCAUUAUGGGUGUCUCAGAGCUCUAUGCUGGUCAUUUAUUUGCUGGCUCUGUUCGCUCUGUUAGGAGGAUUUCACAUCUACAUCAACACACAAGUCAGGAAAGAAACCAGAAGAUCAAAACCUGAGGAUGAGGAGAUUUAGAGAAGAACACCCAGCAGAUCUCAUCACAUCUAUAAUAAAAUGACUUCAUGAUGUCCAAGAGUUUCACCUGGA